GCGAUAAAUUAAAAGAAAAUCGCCGAAAUAUCACGUCGAUCGCGCGUUAACUUGUUUUUACGUUGAAGUAUUUACGGGAAUACAGUUCUUCGUGAAUAUUCGUAACAUAAUCAGCAUGAAACUUGUACGGAACCGAUGCCCGGUCAUCGAGGAGGAACACGAGUAGUAGCCAUUUUCUAGUGUUUCGGACGUUCUUCCGUCGUUACAUAUUUUCGGAGUAAUUAUCGACCUCUUGACAACAGAGAAAUUAUACUCUCUCUGCGACCACACAACGUCAAACGUCAUCAUGUUCGCUUGCACCCGAUUCAUCGCGCCCAUUGCCAGGUCCACCUUGGUCGCUGGAACCAAGAGUUACAUGCGGCCGCUGAGCAGUGCCGUGGUCAACCACAGCCAAAUUCUCCAACAGAAUCAAAUCCAGAGCCCGGUAAGUGUUUCACCUAUUCUGCGUAACUUCCAAACUUCCACAAUCAGCCGUGACAUUGAUUCUGCUGCCAAGUUUAUUGGUGCUGGUGCAGCUACUGUUGGUGUUGCUGGAUCAGGUGCUGGAAUUGGUUCGGUAUUUGGAUCGUUAAUUAUUGGUUAUGCGAGGAACCCUUCACUGAAACAGCAGCUCUUCUCAUACGCCAUUUUGGGCUUCGCCUUGUCCGAGGCCAUGGGUCUUUUCUGCCUUAUGAUGGCUUUCCUGCUCUUGUUCGCGUUCUAAGUCAACAACAUCGCAUAAGAAAUUUCUGAUAGUUUUAGUGCGUCACUGCCAAGACAGCAUCUUCUGUCUCUGACUGGGAACAGUGGAAGCUGUUCUUGGUAAACGGGUUGCCAUGAAAUCAUUAGAGAAAGUUCGAGUUCUGGUUCGACGGGGUGUGCGACGGUACGAGAAUUAAUGCAAAUAUUACUUGGCUGUACGUAUUGGAUCAUCUAUCGGACCGUCCUACCCCCUUCAAGCCUUUUAAUUUGUUCGUAAUCAUUUCAUGGUUUACUGUCUCAUGUAGCGUAAUUCACAUUGUUAUAAAAAUCAGUAUAAUGAACGAAUAAGACGUUACUGGAAGUUUAUUAAAAAAGCAAAAAGAAAAAAACAGAGCCUCACUUGCAUACUCCCAUAAUACGCACGUAUGUAUUUGACAUUAAUAUAUCGAUCCAAAAGAAAGUAGUACUACACUUUUGAACGUUUUUGUUAUCCGGAUAUGGUUCAUCAUUGUGCCGUCGCGUGCGCACGUUAUUGAAGUAACACCUGACGAAAAACUGUACAGUGAUAUCAAAUAAACAUUUUUGUCGUGAAAAUAUUA